AUGCUUCCAAUUUACGAAAUCACCACUAAUCAAAGAGAACAAGAAGACUUCAAAGCUGAGAAACUGGUUAUGACCGCCGCGAGUAUGGCCUGCCGGGCGAUGUCGAUGCAAUUCGUGCCUCAACCCGGAUCUUUGCGACAUCAGCAGGAGCAGAUGCAAUUCUACGCUGACUUCGCAGCAAGAGACCCGGAAUUGAAGAAGUCGUUUGAGAAGAAACUGGUUCGGAAGAUCGACAUUCGUCUAUUGCCACUUCUCGUCAUCAUGUACCUCAACAACUUCCUGGACAGAUCCGCUCUGGCCCAAGCACGAAUUGGUACACUCGAAGAAGAUCUGGGCAUGAACCCUUCAGGCACCGACUUCAGUCUUGCGACCUCGAUUCUCUUCGUCGGUUACAUCUUGGGCCAGCUUCCGUCUAAUCUUCUCCUGACUCGCCUUCGACCCUCAUGGUAUCUUGGCAUCGUGAUGGGGAUCUGGGGCGUCGUCUGUGCACUGACAUCAACGGUGCAGAAUCUCGGCGGGCUGAUUGCUGUCCGGGCCUUUUUGGGAGUCACUGAAGCUCCCUUCUUCCCCGGAGCAAUAUUUCUCAUGAGCUGCUGGUACAAUCGCGCCGAACUCACUGGUCGCAUUGCUUGGUUCUACAGCGGUGUAUCCUUGGCCAACAUGUUCGGAGGAUUGAUCGGAGCGGGAGUGCUAGGGAACAUGGAAGGAAAGCUAGGGAUCGCGGGUUGGAGAUGGCUCUUCAUCAUCUCCGGAUCCAUCACUGUCUUCUUUGCACUUUGCUGCAUCUUCGUCUUGCCAGACUUUCCGGCCACCACAAAAUGGCUGACGCCCGAAGAAAGAGCUUUCGCUCAAUGGCGACUACAGCUGGACGCUGGCGAGGACGAUGACAAUCAUGCGGUCUCACUCUGGCAAGGUCUGAAGCUGUGCUGCAAAGACUACCGCCUCUAUCUCUUCCUCCUACUCCAGCACAUCUCGACGCUGUCGAUGACCUUCCAGUACUUCUUUCCAAGUAUCGCGCCUGUAUGGUUCGCUGCAUUUUUGAUAUCUGUCGUGACGACAUACACUGCCGGACGCACUAAAGAUCGAAGCAUCCAUAUCAUAUGCCUCCUCAUGAUUUCUUGCGUCGGCAAUAUCAUCGUCACAGCAACACUACACACUGGAGCACGUUUCUUCGCCAUGUUUUUAAUGCCUUUGGGAGCAGUCCCAGCUUUUCAAAUCAUCGUUGCCUGGGUCUCCAACUCCUUCAUCCGACCAACCGUCAAACGCUCCGCCGCCAUCGCGAUCUGCAACACUUUCGGCAACAGUGCCACGAUUUACGGAGCUUACAUGUAUCCUCUCUCCGAUCGACCUCGAUACUUGCCAGGUGGAGCGGCAACAGCAGUCAUCUGCUUGCUGGUGGCAGCAUUGGCAUUCGUGCUUCGAAUCGUGCAUAUCCGGGAGAACAAGAAAUUGGAAGUGGCUGAGAAUGAGGGCAUUAGCGAGGCUGUGCCGGAAGAGGAGAGGAGAGGGAGAGGCUUCAGAUAUGUCUACUGAGAAGAAAGACAGCUCGGCGAUGAC